AUGCGGCUGUGGGAGAAGCUGCCCCGUGGUGUCGGGGGGCGCCUCGGGGCGGAGUUAGCAGUUAAAUCCGUUACUUUCUGGGUGCUCGCGCCAGCACUCCCAGCUGCGGGAGCGGCCGUCGCGGCGGCGGAGUUGAGUUCAGAUGGGUCCCUCUCUGGGGUUAUGCAGAAGUGGAAAGAGUAUCAGCUUCAAUGCCUGGAAUACUUGUAUGAGGCACCCCCCAUUGUAGCAGAAGGCAAGUUCUGCAACAGAACAUUUGACAACUAUGCCUGUUGGCCAGAUGGCCUGCCUGGCACCUAUGUGAAUGUCAGCUGCCCCUGGUAUCUCCCCUGGGCUAAUGCAGUGCUGCAUGGGCAGGUGUACCGGUUUUGCACCCUGGAGGGGACGUGGCUGCUGAAAGAGAAUUCAACCCUGCCCUGGAGGAACCUGUCAGAGUGUGAAGCCUCUGACCAGGAUGCACCAGAAGAACAGCUCCUGAAUUUGUCCAUCAUAUACACCAUUGGAUAUGCUCUUUCCUUCUCUGCCCUUGUAAUAGCAACUGCCAUUCUUCUUGGAUUCAGACAUCUGCAUUGCACAAGGAAUUAUAUUCACCUGAAUCUCUUCACCUCGUUUAUCCUCCGGGCUGUAUCAGUCUUCAUUAAAGACUCAGUGGUGAAGUGGAUGUACAGCACAGCUACACAAGAGCACCAAUGGGAAGGACUUAUUGCCUACCAGGAAUCACUUAGCUGUCGAUUGGUCUUUGUGAUGAUGCAGUAUUGUGUGGCUGCAAACUACUACUGGUUGCUGGUGGAAGGCAUGUACCUGUACACUCUACUGGUUCUUUCAGUCUUUUCAGAACAAAGGAUUUUCCGGCUUUAUCUCUGCGUUGGCUGGGGUGUGCCAAUGCUGUUUGUUAUCCUCUGGGGAACUGUCAAGUACCUUUAUGAAGAUGAGGGGUGCUGGACCAGAAACUAUAACAUGAAUUACUGGUUGAUCAUCAGGCUGCCCAUUCUCAUUGCCAUUGGGGUAAAUUUCCUGAUUUUUAUCAGAGUGAUAUGCAUCAUUAUCUCAAAACUACAGGCCAAUUUGAUGUGCAAAACUGACAUAAAGUGCAGGCUGGCCAAGUCUACAUUGACUCUGAUCCCACUGCUGGGGACCCAUGAAGUCAUCUUUGCUUUUAUUACUGAUGAGCAUGCCAGAGGGAUGCUGCGCUUUGUGAAGCUUUUCACUGAACUCUCCUUUGCUUCUUUCCAGGGGCUGAUGGUUGCAAUUCUCUACUGUUUCAUCAAUAAUGAGGUUCAGAUGGAGUUUCGGAAAAGCUGGGAGCGCUGGAGAUUGGAACAUCUGUAUGUCCAGAGAGACAGCAGUAUGAAACCUCUGAAGUGUCCAGCCAACAGCAUCAGUAGUGGAGGCACGGUAGGCAGUACUGUCUAUGCUGCCACAUGUCAUGCUACGUUCAGCUAAGAUUUCUGCAGGUGAAUCAGACUGAGAACAAUGAACUGUGUAAUAUAACUGAAAUCCAUUAAAUACCUAAGCAAGUGGCUUACAUAUGCCAUCUCCAGCAAGAAACUUAAGUAUAUGCUGCUUAUUGCCUGCAGGCUGUUGGACAAAGGUUUUAGGGAAAGCAAUCUGCUAAUGUAAUCAACACAUCAGAGGAAAAAUUGAUCACGUCUAAAGUAAGUUAAAAGAGAUGUUUCUGUUUGCACAUAAAGCCUCCAGGUGUCCAAAACUCUUAAGCACAGCAUUGAUCCAGUCUCAAACCAUGGGGUCAAUGGCUUAUUACUGUUGAGUGGGCAAGCUGAG